AUAGACCCAAAAAGAUCUUCUAAGGUCAAACAAAAUCAGAGAUCUGGUCUGACUAAACCAGACGAAGAACCAAUUUCAACCUCCUCGCCGGCAAAAAUGGCGGAAGGAAAAGAAGCUACGACGAGUUCGCUGAGUCAAGGACUCACUCCUCACCAAGACCCCGACGAUGCUCCCAAGUCUCCUCCCAACUCUCCAAAUUCUUCUACUCGCAAGGUUAAGCUGGGUAGGAGAAUGAUAUAGCAGAAUCGAUAAGAUGAUGAUCUUGUGAAGACUGCGAAACUAUGAGUGGCGAUGUGAAAUUUUGUAUGAAUCAACUAAUUGACGUUUCUUGACAAAAAUUGCAAAUAACGAUAAGAUGAUGAUCUUGGUCCUUGGAUGGUAAAUUUUGUGCUGGCUUGUUAUGGGGUUCUACAGAGUUGGGUGUCUAAGAAGUUUAUGACUGGAUUUGUCGUACUCUUUCCUGUAGCUGUUACAUUCCUCAUCACUUGGUGGUUUAUCCAGUUCGUUGAUGGUUUCUUCAGUCCGAUAUACGAGAACCUUGGUGUUGACAUAUUUGGACUUGGGUUCAUUACAUCUGUACUUUUCACUUUCUUUGUCGGAAUAUUUGCUUCGUCGUGGUUGGGUUCUACAGUUUUCUGGCUUGGGGAGCAGUUUAUAAGGCGAAUGCCCUUUGUCAAGCACAUAUAUUCAGCUUCUAAGCAAAUUAGCACUGCUAUUUCUCCAGACCAAAACACUACUGCCUUUAAAGAGGUAGCAAUCAUCCGUCACCCUCGUAUUGGUGAAUACGCAUUUGGAUUUAUUACAUCAUCGGUGACACUUCAGACUGACCAUGGAGAAGAAGAGUUAUGUAGUGUGUAUGUACCAACGAAUCAUCUGUACAUAGGAGAUGUGUUUCUGGUGAGUAGCGAAGAAAUCAUAAGGCCAAAUUUAUCGAUCCGAGAAGGAAUAGAGAUCAUAGUAUCGGUGGGGAUGACAAUGCCGCAAGUUAUAUCUCAUGUGGACAGGACAACAAACAGAACUCCUCACCAACACAGUCUCAGGGUUCCUCUCAACAGACUUUAGUUAAUAGCUGUAUGGCCUCUAUACCGUGUAAAGAUAGUUUACGCGUCGUGCUCAAUCGUGAAUUAUUUUAACAUAUGUAGUAACAAACAUUCACGAAUUUAUCUACUACUCAAAAUUCAGUCCCAUACAUCCUUGUUACCCUUCUUUUAUCGCCAACACAAGUCAGGAUUUAGAGUGUCUGCCAUUGUCUUCGUUUACCUUGUUUCCCUCGAUCGUGCAUUUGCAUAUUAGGGCGUGUUUUAUGUAGUUUUGCCUCUUUUGCUUUCUGAGAUCAUUGUUGUGGUCAGAGCCAUUCUACUUGGUUAAUUGCUUUUCUUUUGGUCGUUUCAAUGGUGCAAUAAGUGUGGGGAUGAUCAUCUUUCUCCACAGUAAUAUUGUUCCUGUUAAUUUUUGUUUUUACUCAUUCCUGAAUUAUUUUGAUUUACUUUUACAUAUCUACUAGGUGUUAGUCCGGGCUAUGUCCGAUAUGUAU